GUUUCAGCUGGCGAACUGCCGCUCGUUUCUUCCAAGGCCAAUCUUCCAAGACCAUGUCGGAACCCGUUGAUUCAUCGCAUAGGGCUGGGGUGGUGGGAAGGGAUUCGUCGGUUUUCAUGUUUGACUGAUUUUUCUAUUUUUGGGAAUCACAACAGACAGCUCUUUGUUGUGAGGUGUGAAAGGUGACCAAGGUGAGGCAAUGUUGGUGUAUAAAGAGUGUCCCAACCAUCACCUGGAUUGAUUGUUCCUUUUCCAACUGCAAGCAACAUCAUUCCAUCUUCAUUGUUUACUUUCCCUUUAGUCUCUUUUCCUAGGAACAAAACAGUCGUUUUUACUCUCUUUCACGGGUUCAUCUUACACUUUCAACAUCCUGGGCAGGUCCACGUUCUUUCUUCAAACAUAAAUCUCUCUUCUAUCCUGCAUCUUUCCAGGCGUCUGUGACCCAGUACAUCUCAAACGAAAAAAAAAAAGCAUUCUUUAAGCAUUCAUCAUGGCCAACGGCAACAUCUUCAGGCUGGUGACUUGGGCACUUACCAUCCCCAUCGUCCUCUUUUAUGUCCUCUCCCUCGUCGGCUGCAUCUCCAACUCCCCCGGAAUCCCCGACAUCUUCCUCCUCAAACUCACCACCCCCUUGACCGAAACCCCCUACCAGGUGCGAGUCGGCUACUUCGGCCUGUGCGCCGGCACCGACGACGCCAAGCUCUCAUGUCUACCAUCCUUCUCCCUAGGCCGGGCCCCCGGCACGACCGUCUUCAACAGCACCCUCCCCGCCGAGCUGACGCGCCUCGUCGAGCUGGGGCACGAGGUGCAGGUCAAAGUCAUCUUCUUCGUACCGUUGCUGCUGGCCUCGGUCCUCUUCUUCGUGUCGACCACCACCGUCUUCCUGUGGCGCAACGUGCCGCAGAUCUCCCCCAUGGCCGCCACCGUCGCCUUCCUCAUGCACAGCCUGGCGUUGGGCCUGCUGCUGGCCGCCGCGACCGCCGUCAGCAUGGUGGUCAACGCCCUGCACUUUGCCGUGGUCGAGAUCACGCGCGGGCAGAACGAGAUCAACGUCGAGGGAGGAAAAGCCCUGCAGACCUUCCAGUGGUUGACCGUCAUCUUUAGCUGCGUCUGGCAGGUCUGCAUCCUCAAGCGGUACAAGACCGACAUGACUGGUGGGAAGCGCAUUUAAAAAAAAGGGGAGGAUGGUGUUGAGCUAAAGCUAGGGGGUUUAGGGAGUAACAAAACUCGGCCGCCCCCUUUUUUUUCACUGCAAAAGUUGCGAAUUAGCUCACAUGAGGUGGAGUUUGUCGUCUGCUCACCAGAUUGCAUAUUGGCGGAACCGGCAACUUCGAAUCACAGUUUUCGUUUUUCGGCAAGGGCCUGACAGAAGUCAGCACAUAAUAAAAGAGGAAGUCCGGGAGUUCAUCGGGGUGUUAAUGGCUUGUUGUAUUCGAACUGCCGGGCGUUAUAUUUCCUAGGUAUUUGUCUUUCCUUUCUCUUACCUGGUUGGGCACUCGAUAUAAUGGAAACCAGAAAAAAUCAUAAUGGUGGCGCAUGGAACAGAAUAACAAACAUAAAAUAAAAAUCAGGGGAAUAGGAACCAUAUACGGUCCUUCCCCCAUCCUAAACACUUUCAUGUCAGCCACUGACAUGUCACGCAUUCAAUACCAAUAGUAUGGUGAUGUGAACAUGAAAGCAUGAUUCAAAACGCUCCCAAUGCGGGUUUUCCAAUAUACUAUGAAGCAGAACCAAGUUCAAACGCGGGAGUUGUGGAAAAACUAAAAAAAAAAAUAAAAAGAGUCCCUUUGUUCCCCAUGUCAAAACGCCGAAUGCCCUUCCCGGUUCACCGAAUCCGCCGAUAAUAAAGAAUCAGACACGCGCCUUACUCGAAGCGCGGAAGGUUUAAACGUCGCGAAUAAACAAGAUAGGCCAAACAUAAAAACUUAUUUGAUAUGCUGGUGGUAAAAACGCAGUCGUUCCAGCGGCGGGGUCCCCUUUUCUGAUAUGUUUUGAGUUCGGUUUUUUUUUAUUGUUGUGGAAAUGAGGAGAUGGUCAAGACGAGAGAAAAAUAAUUCCAGGUUGCGAAACUGCUUGAGCGGAUAUAAACCGGUAGGCCGCCCAUACGAGAGUUGGUAUCAUGAUGGGGAGUAAACAAAUGAGAUAAUGUUAAAAAGAUAUGCGUUGCUUAGAGAAGUGGAUAUAAAAGGAGAAAAGAAUAUGUAUUAUUAUAAUGUGGUCGUCAUUUGUGGCAUGGCGGAUGCGUCUGGAGGGUGGAAUCGGGAGGCAAGAGUGUCGUCGGUAUCGAGAUGCUAUAGCCCGUAGUCGUGUUUGGCACUAUGUUUGGUGUCGAGAGUCCGAGUCGUGUCGGUUGGAAUGUUCGGUCUAGGAUUUACGUAUCGACCAGGGGACGUUGGGCGUCGGACGUUGUAUCUCAUGCUCGUCACUCGGUUCGGGUGAAUGUUCCAUCUGUUCUAACAUGUAGAAUGGCAAGGAGGUCCCGUGUAAUUCGAGGCAAGUCGAGUCGAGUUGCGAGCUUUGCUGGCUAUCGUUUUAGUCGUUCAAUGGAAGUGUAGAAACAUGCGACAGGGAGCAGGGUAGUGGUGUCGCGUGUUUUUGAUGUUGCCAAUCUGACCAAACGAAACAAACUGUGGUGGGUUUGUUUCUUUCUUGAAGGAUCGGCAGGUAACCUCAAUCGACAACUCGAUCGACCUCGUUUGCGCUGCAUGACCGACGUUUAGAUCGUUAUCGCAGCGAGCCGCUUCUCGGAUACAAAGUCGUGACGGUUGAAUCCAGGUACACGUUUUCCCUCCGCGGUUGCCUCUUGUAGACGCGAGACAGCCAUGGCUACCUAGGGUUGUAUGUAAUGUCGACAAAAUCUCUUGAUUGAAAGGUCCCCAUGCUAAAGUCUAUGGGACCUCUGGAGAACCUAAAGUUCCACGUCGUGGUUUGGAGGUGUGUGAUUCCCGUUUCCUUCUUGAGCGAGAUGCGCUUGUAGAGGUGCAGGCAGUCGGUAACGUAAAAGACAAACAACAGAGUAAAAAACAAGACGACGAGGUGCCGUAGCCGCAGAGGGCUACCGCCAGCGGCUCCGCAACAGCACCAACGACUCUUCUUCCGGCGCGAUGGCGAGUAGUGGUGCUGCGCCUUUGUGUGAUGUAUGUGAUGCCGACCGCGGCCUCCGGCUCCGGGAGACGUGUCGGCCGGCACGUGGUAGCUUGGGAGUAUCGACUUGCCCGACAUGUGGCAAUGAUGGGUCGAUAAAAGGAUCGAAGGUUGGAAAGGCGAAGCGCGAGCACCGCACCGGCGAGAUGGGCGAGAUUGGACACGACCAAGAACGAAGAAUCAAUGUCGUCGUCCUUUGAUGUCGAGUAUUGACGGGUUGUAGAGGUCGACGACGAUUAUGGUGAUUAAGAUUAGUUUGUCGUCGUCAAAAUCGUCCUCUUCCUCGUCCUCGUCGUGGACUCGCGUGCCAAUGGCGCCGGGCGACCGUGCUUGCUGGUGCUGUUUCGCGUCGUUCAAACUUGGGCUUGUGCGGAACAGAAGGAUGUACCUAUUUACAUGGGGGUCGGCUUUUCUUUUCUUUUCUUUUCUUCCCUCUUUUUCUUUUUCUGGGGAAACGGUUGGAUUGGGGGUGGUUUUAAUUAGAUGGCCCUCUUUUCUUUCCCUUUUUUUCUGCCAAUCGAGUCCUAAAAGGUUUAGGUUACCAUCCGUACUGCGCCGCCUUUUUUUUUUUUUUUUUUUGGGUGGAUUGUCGGGUUUG